UUACCAGCAGUCAGUGGGUGGAUCUCACUAAGGUUGAGGGCUCAGCCUCUUGCGCUCACCGGGCACUAGUGAACUCCACUUCCCAUCAUGCAUCGAUCAUUACAUUGUCUGAUUUAGAAUGUGAUUACAUCAACGCUAGAUCAUGUUGCUCAAAAUUAAACAAGUGGGUAAUACCAGAGCUGACCGGCCACACCAUUGUCACCGUGUUAAUGCUUGCUUCACUGCACUGGUUCAUCUUCCUUCUCAACUUACCUGUUGCCACUUGGAAUAUAUACAGGUUCAUUAUGGUGCCAAGUGGUAACAUGGGAGUGUUUGAUCCAACAGAAAUACACAAUCGGGGACAGUUAAAGUCACACAUGAAAGAAGCCAUGAUCAAGCUUGGUUUCUACCUGCUCUGUUUCUUCAUGUAUCUCUAUAGUAUGAUUCUAGCUUUAAUAAAUGACUGAAGCUGGAGAAGCCGGGGUUGAAGCCAACCUACACUACACUGCACAAUUGAGGAGCCAGAGACUACUUAAACCACCCUUAAAACCGUGACCAUAGCAGUAUCUAUUUUGGUCUUUGAACAAAAAACUAUUUUUGCUGUAUUUUUACCACAUAAAGUAUUUAAAAAAAUGAAUUGAGUUUUUGUAGAUUUCUGAUUCUCAACCCCAGCAUAUGAAGGUGUUUUGUGUCCUCUGUGGCUUUUUGGCAAAGGCAGGAAUGUGUGCUGGCUUUGUAUGCCACAGAAAUAAAGGGCACACCUAGGAGAGCCCUUACUAGAUGAGCGGGGCUGACAUGAAGUCUGAAAAGCCAGAGCAGAGAGCAAUACAGCUAAUCUGGACAAAAGAAGAAAGUUAAUUAUCCCUCUUGCCAUCUAUUGUGGCAACUUAAUGUUAAUGUGGCUUAAGGAUUUGAGGGACUUUUCAGCUAAGUCUUUCAACAGAAAAUGACAUUUUAAAAUGUAUUUCUUUCUUUGCAGUAUUUGAAACCUUACAAGCCAUGUGCCCAGGUACAAUGUAAUUCCUGCCUACAGAAAGGAAAAAUAAAUUUUAAAGUCAA